AACAGUAGCUUUUCCACAAAUUGGACGUUGCGCGGAGAGACAAGUAUUUAUGUAGCACAACCUAAGAGGAGAGUCGCCUUAUGUGAUCAACCCGUCGUUUACAAGCCAAUUGUAUGCGACUUUGACGACGCUCACAUUUGAUUUUUUUUGUGUUGUUGUUCGCGAUUCAUCACUCUAGACGGAAUGCCCAUGUGUCCAGGUUGAAGUAGCUAACGUUAGCUACAGUAGCUAGCCUGGAGAGCUGUGGACACUGGGUCUGGCUUUUAUAGGCUAUCAUCAGUGGUUUGCAAAUUGCAUGCUGACAGACUUGGGUGGGGCUGUUUUGGAUGACACACAGUGAAAUAACAGAAGAUAUUCUCAGGAUAUAGCUAUCUACUCAACCUAGGGAUUCAGAACACAAUGACCAAGCCUGACUCAAAGAGGAGCAGCGUGGCUCUUGUCACUGGCAAACCUGCCAAUGCUGCAGAGGAGCAGGUCAAUAAUGGCUCAUCUGACCCUUCAGUGUCCGGUUCUCCCCACCACACAUUGACCCCGGCGACUCCAACCAAACACAAAUCUGCAAAACAAGUCUCCCGAGACAACCUUUCUAGACGAAACACAGAGUCUGAAGUAUUCGACGAUGGAACCAACACCUUUUUCUGGAGAGCACAUACAGUCACUGUGCUUUUCAUUCUCACGUGUGUGUUGGUCUAUGUCACUCUGUUGGAGGAGACACCCCAGGAUACGACGUACAACACGAAAAGAGGGAUUGUGGCCAGCAUCCUAGUGUUCCUCUGCUUUGGAGUGACACAAGCCAAAGAUGGCCCAUUCACCAGACCACAUCCAGCAUACUGGCGCUUCUGGCUAUGUGUCUCCGUUGUCUACGAGCUAUUCCUUAUCUUUGUGCUGUUCCAGACGGUCCGUGAUGGGAGACAGUUUAUGAAGUACAUUGACCCCAAACUGGGGGUAGCCCUGCCGGAGAGGGACUAUGGCGGCAACUGCCUCAUAUACGACCCGGGGAACACCACCGACCCCUGGCAUAACAUCUGGGACAAGAUGGAUGGCUUUGUCCCCGCUCACUUUCUUGGCUGGUAUAUUAAGACACUUGUGAUCAGAGACUGGUGGAUGUGUAUGAUCAUCAGCGUGAUGUUUGAGUUCCUGGAGUACAGUCUGGAGCACCAGCUUCCCAACUUCUCUGAGUGCUGGUGGGACCAUUGGAUAAUGGAUGUGCUGGUGUGUAAUGGCCUGGGGAUCUACGCUGGGAUGAAGACCUUAGGCUGGCUGUCUAUGAAGCCCUACCAGUGGCAGGGACUGUGGAACAUCCCCACAUACAAAGGGAAGAUCAAGCGCAUGGCCUUCCAGUUCACACCCUACAGCUGGGUCAAGUUUGAGUGGAAGCCUGCCUCUAACCUACGCAGGUGGCUGGCUGUCCUGGGAAUCAUCUUCAUGUUCCUGCUGGCGGAGCUGAACACCUUCUACCUGAAGUUUGUGCUGUGGAUGCCUCCGGAGCACUACCUGGUGUUGCUUCGCCUCGUCUUCUUUGUCAACGUGGGCGGAGUGGCCAUGAGGGAGAUCUACGACUUCAUGGACGACCCGAAGUUCUAUAGGAAGCUGGGGCAGCAGGCGUGGCUGGUGGCGGCCAUCACCGUGACCGAGUUCCUCAUCGUAGUCAAAUACGACCCCAGGACCAUCAUGCUGCCCAUCCCCUUCUUCGUCACCCAAUGCUGGUUCCUGGGUAUCGUCCUCAUCCUCAGCUGGACAUUGUGGCGCUUCUUCAUCCGUGACAUCACUCUCCGCUACAAAGACGCUCGCCGACGGAAGCAGGAGGUCACAGGGGACUGUGGCCGUCCCCAUGGCAACGGUGGCACGGCAACCCCGUCGGGACGCAGCAAACUCAACGGCAUCUCCGAGUCUCUCCGACACAGGAAGUCCUGAGAGGCGGAGCCUGCUGCUGGUAGGGGGUGGGGAAAGGGACAAAAAAAAAGAGCCGCAAAGCGCUGCAGCGCCAUACACACGCAGGGCACCUGGAUCACAAGUGUAGAGGUGUGUCUGGGGGAAGGGGGAUGUUGUUCUUGUGCCUACCUGAACAGUGUCAUAGUCAUUCCUGUGCUGGCUUUUCACUGUUAACACUAAUCACAGAACAAAACACCGAACAGGGAUUUGGGGUUGUGGUGUCAGCUAGCUAUCCCAUACUACAGGGAUUUACCUCAUGUACGUUCAUUGUGUAAUCGUGCUGGGAACUUUACGGGGGCAAUUUUAUUAUUCUGUUAUAUGUUGAAAUUUAAUUGGGUCCAAAAUUGUAUUUUUCUGCGAAACUGGGAUCACAAAGGGUAUUGGGUUGGGACAGAUGAUGGAUUUUGUUUUCACGUGGCAGAAUUAUGUUAACUUAAAAUGUAAUCAGGAUAAAGUAAGGGUUUUGGAGGGAGAGGAAUUGAACCCCCCAAGGGGCCAGCAAACAUACUUACAAGCUAAAUAACAGACAAAGCUUUGAACAAAUCCCUGUUCAAGCCAUUUUCUGCUAAAGCAGGGUUUCCCAAACUCGGUCCUGGGACCCCCCUGGGUGUAUGUUUUUUUUCCUCUAGCACUACACAGCUGACUCAAAUGAUCACCGUUUGAUGAGGAGUUGGUUAUUUGAAUCAGCUGUGUAGUGCUAUGGCAAAAAACAGAACGUGCACCCAGGGGGGGGGCGCACCAGGGUUUGGGGAAACCCUGGUCUAAACCAUUUGGGCUGUGCCACUCAACCUGCGCUAGGGCAAUUAAGUCCCAAUGCCGUGGAUUGCAAUCGUUAUAUCCUAGUAACAUGUGGUAAUGAUGGCUGAAACAUGACAGACGAUGGUAUUCAAACCAAAUUGGAUGCAAAGGAGGGAUGCAAAGCUGGCCAAAACGAGCUUUAAAUACAGAAUGAACAUCUGUACAAUUCUAAAAUAUGCUUAAAGAAUGCAGGGCACACACAGCCAUUGGAGAAAUGUGAACCAUGUCUGACACACCUGUAUUUAAUUAGGCUCUUUAACGUCUUAAUUAAUCACACUGGCGUCGUUCAUGGGAAAUGCGUCUCAGAAUAGCCAAAAGCCAGGUGACGGGUAACAAUUAGUGUGGGCUUUCAAGUUGAAGUGGUAGCUACAGUAUUAUAUAACCCAUGGGCCCUCGCCGCACUGUUCGUCAUGGGUGACUCAAGCCUAGAUGACAUGAAGGGACUGAGAGGUGUCCACAUUGUGGAUGUUGGCUACAGACUUAAUCCACUUGUGUUGGUGAUCACCCACCCAAUAAAUAAGGGGGAGAAAAAAAGCACAUCACAAAGAUGAGACUAAAGUGGGCAGCCUUUGCACUGCUCAGGGCUCAAUGGUGACUCUUGUUGGGACAUGAACUUCGGCACCUUGAUUCCAUGUGUAAUUACAAGCACCAUCCAAUGUAAAAUAACUAGUUGUGAGUCGCAAUAGGUAUUUGUGUGUGUCACUGGAUGGAGAGUAGAAGACUUGUGCUAAAUAGUUCCAAACUGCCUGAUGUGACCUAGAACAUGCUUAAUGCCAUUUAUAAUAUAUUGUGAAUGUAAACCAGCAGCUCUAAACCUUAAAAUAAGGCGGCUUCUCAUUAAACACCAAUUAUUUAACAUGUUAUGUGGUGGUUAUAAACUGGGCUGUAGUGCAACGUAGAAUCAGAGGAGUUUGCCAUUGAAGUCUAUAUAUAUUUCUCCAAAAGAUUCCUUUUUUAAUUGUAAUGCUCCUUCCUCUCUCCUUCCAGAAAUGUUUCUGAAAAUUAUGGCGUGUGUAUAUUUGUCUGUAUAUAUGUGUGCAUGCAUACAUACAUUAUAUAUACAUACAUAUCUCUGUCUCUCUGUGUGUCUGUCUGUGCACAGUACCAGUCAAAAGUUCAUACACACCUACUCAAUGGUUUUUCUUUAUUUUUACCAUUUUCUACAUUGUAGAAUAAUAGUGAAGACAUCAAGUUAAGAAAUAACACAUAUGGAAUCAUGUAGUAACCCAUUUUUGUUUUUUUAACAAAUCAAAAUAUAUUUUAGAUUUGAUUCUUCAAAGUAGCCACCCUUUUCCUUGACGGCUUUGCACACUCUUGGCAUUCUCUCAACCAGCUUCACCUGGAAUGCUUUUCCAACAGUUUUGAAGGAGUUCCCACAUGUGCUGAGCACUUGUUGGCUGCUUUUCCUUCACUCAGCGGUCCAACUCAUCCCAAACCAUCUCAAUUUGUUUGAGGUUGGGUGAUUGUGGAGGCCAGGUCAUCUGAUGCAGCGCUCCAUCACUCUUCUUCUUCGUCAAAUAGUCCUUACACAGCCUGGAGGUGUGUUGGGUCAUUUGUCCUGUUGAAAAACAAAUGAUAGUCCCACUAAGCGCAAACCAGAUGGGAUGGCGUAUCUCUGCAGAAUGCUGUGGUAGCCAUGCUGGUUAAGUGUCCCUUGAAUGUUAAAUAAAUCGGACAGUGUCACCAGCGAAGCACCAUAACACCAGUUCCGUGCUUUACGGUGGGAAAUACACAUGCGGAGAUCAUCCAUUCACCCACACCGCGUCUCACAAAGACACGCCGGUUAGAGCCAAAAAUCUCCAAUUUGGACUCAUCAGACCAAAGGACACAUUUCUACCGGUCUAAUGUCCAUUGUUUGUAUCUUGGUCCAAGCAAGUCUCUAAUUCAUAUUGGUGUCCUUUAGUAGUGGUUUCUUUUCAGCAAUUUUGACCUUGAAGGCCUGAUUUCACACAGCCUCCUGUGAACAGUUGAUGUAGAGAUGUGUCUGUUACUUGAACUCUGAAGCAUUUAUUUGGUCUGCAAUUUCUGAGGCUGGUAACUCUUAUGAACUUAUCCUCUGCAGCUGAGGUAACACUGGGUCUUUUCCUGUGGCGGUCCUCAUGAGAGCCAGUUUCAUCAUAGACCUUGAUGGUUUUUGCAACUGCAAAAAUACAUUUUAAAGUUCUUGAAAUGUUCCGUAUUGACUGACCUUCAUGUCUUAAAGUAAUGAUGGACGGUUGUUUCUCUUUGCUUAUUUGAGCUGUUCUUGCCAUAAUAUGGACUUGGUGUUUUUCCAAACAGGGCUAUCUUCUGUAUACCACCCCUACCUUGUCACAACACAACUGAUUGGCUCAAAGGCAUUAAAAAGGAAAGAAAUUCCACAAAUGAACUUUUAACAAGGCACCCCUGUUAAUUUAAAUGUGUUCCAGGUGACUACCUCAUGAAGCUGGUUGAGAGAAUGCCAAGAGUAUGCAAAGCUCUCAAGGCAAAGGGUGGCUAUUUUGAAGCAUCUCAAAUAUAAAAUAUUUUAUUUGUGUGACAGUUUUGGUUACUACAGUGUAGAAAAUAGUGAAACAUUAAGAAAAACCCUUGAAUGAGUGUGUUUUUAACUUUUUACCAGUAGUGUGUGUGUACAGUGCCUUUUCAAAGUAUUCAGACCCCUUGAUAUUUUCCACAUUUUAUGUUACGGACCGAUUCUAAAAUGGAUUUAAAAAAUACAAAUAAUUCAAUCUACACUACCUCAUGUCAAGGCAAAGUUUAUUUUAUUUUUUGCAAUUGUAUAAAUAUAGAAACUGAUGCCUUGUUUACCUAAGUAUUCAGACCCUUUUCUAUGAGACUCGAAAUUGAGCUCAGGUGCAUUCUGUUUCUGUUGAUCAUCCUUGGUAUUUCUACAACUUCAUUGGAGUCCACCUGUGGUAAAAAAACAUGAAUUGAUUGGACAUGAUUUGGAAAUAUAAGGUCUCAUAGUUGACCGUGCAUGUCAGAUCAAAAACCCUACCAUUAGGUCGAAGGAAUUGUCCGUAGAGCUCCGAGACGGGAUUGUGUCGAGGCACAGAUCUGGUGGAAAAGUAUCAAAAAAUGUUUGGAGCAUUGUAGAUCCCCCCAAGAACACAGUGGCCUCCAUCAUUCUUCCUAGAGCUCUAGAGUUCCUCUGGGGAGAUGGGAGAACCUUCCAGAAGGACAACCAUCUCUGCAGAACUCCACCAAUCAGACUUUCAUGGUAGGGUGCCCAGACGGAAGCCACUCCUUAGUAAAAGGCACAGAACAGCCCGCUGUCAGACCAUGAAAAACGAGAUUAUCUGGUCUGAUUGAACCAAUAUUGACCCUUUACUCAGUACUUUGUUGAAGCACCUUUGGCAGCAAUUACAGCCUCAUGUCUUUUUGGAAUGACGCAACAAGCUUGACACACCAGUAUUUUGGGAGUUUCUUCCUCUUUGCAGAUCAUCUAAAGCUCUGUCAGGUUGGAUGGGAAGUGUCGCUGCACAGCUGUUUUUAAGUCUCUUCAGAGAUGUUUGAUCAGGUUCAAGUCCAGGCUCUGGAUGAGCUACUCUAGGACAUUUACAUACUUGUCCCGAAGCCACUCCUGCAUUGUCUUGGCUGUGUGCUUAGGGUCGUUGUCCUCUUAGAUGGUGAACCUUCACCCCCAAUCUGAGGCCCUAAGCGCUCUGGAGCAGGGUUUCAUCAAGGAUCGCUGUACUUUGCUCUGUUCAUCUUUGCCUUGAUCCUAAUUAGACUCCCAGUCCUUGCUGCAGAAGAACAUCCCACAGGAUGAUGCUGUCACCACCAUGCUUCACUGUAAUGAUGGUGCCAGGUUUCCUCCAAACCUGAUGUUCGGCAUUCAGCCCAAAGAGUGCCAUUUUGGUUCAGACCAGAGAAUCUUUAGGUGCCUUUUGGCAAACUCCAAGUGGGCUGUCGUGCCUUUUACUGAGGGGCUUCCGUGUGGCCGCUCUAUCAUAAAUGCCUGAUUGGUGGAGUGCUUCAGAGAUGGUUGUCCUUCUGGAAGGUUCUCCAAUCUCCAGAGGUACUUUGGAGCUCUGUCAGAGUGACUGUCGGGUUCUUGGUCACCUCCCUGACCAAGGCCCUUCUCCCCCAAUUGCUCAGUUUGGUUGGGUGGCCAGCUCUUGUAAGAGUCUUGGUGGUUCCAAACUUCUUCCAUUUAAGAAUGAUGGAUGCCACUGUGUUCUUGGGGACCUUCAAUACCGCAGAAAUCAUUAUGGGGUAUUGUGUGUGUAGAUUGUUACAUUUACAGCCUUCAUCAAUGUGUAAAAAGUCCAGGGCUCUGAAUACUUUCCAAAUGGGGGGUGUGUGUGUUUUUUUAAAAUUGGUUUCAGAACAUUUUGCCCCCUUUGAAUAUGCAGGCUGCCUGUACAAAAACAAAAAAAUGUUUAGCUGAAGUAUCCCUAAGUCUGUACCUGUUUUCUUGUACUAUAUUAUAUGUUGGAGUGUCUUGAAGAUGACACUAAGAUUUUUUUUUUUUAAUUAUUAUUAUUUUAGACGUGGGCCCGGGAAUUCAGUCUACCGUGCCCGUUGUGAAGGAUCAGGAUUUCGGGCCAAUUCUAUUUCAAUUCAGGAAACUCUGAUGAUGAUGAUUGAAAUUCAAAGUAUUUGCUUGAUAAUUGUUCAUUGUUUUCUAUGUUUACUUUUCAAGCUGAUGGCACUGAAAUGAGAUUGAUCCCCAAACCUGCUUAUUCUCCAAAACCCGAUCCCCAAGCAACAGAGACUAGAGUCUGGUUUCAAUGAUGGGCUCUUUUGGCAUAGAGGAACUAUGUCAUUGCCUACGUUGAUAAGGGUGAGAUCUGGUGACUCUUCCAACAAAUCACGAGGCUGACAUGCCAAAACCUUGUGAAGCAAAGGUUGCAGCCAAAAUCUAUUUUGUAUUAUAUUCAAGUGGGUAAAGUAGUUGCAUAAGCAGUGAUGUGGUUCCCCUAUGCCAAAAUAGUCUGUCAUUGUAACCAGAACUUAAUCAUUGACCACAUUUACAUGCACACCAAUAUCCUGUUGUUUUUCGUGCAGUGCGCAGGCUCAAUCUUACAAAUCAUGGGUGUUGUGUGAUAUUUUCAUUUGAUUUGUCAAACAAAUCUCUUCCAAAAGGUAGGCUACCUGCACAGUUCGUACGACCAAAAUAAUUCAAUCAUUCAUUUAGCUGAUUCUCCGUACUGGACUCGAGAUUAAUAAAAAAUUAUAAUAUUAAUAUUCUUCUUUCUUGUUCCCAAGACAUUUGUUGUAUAAUUUUACUGCUAGUGAUAGUAUUAUAUGAGACUGCAUGUGAGAGGUUAUAGGCCCUACUGUCAGUCUGUUUCUGUUACAAUUCCAUUUAACCUAUAACUUAAAUGAGGAAUAUUCAGUUUAUUCACUCCAGAAUAAGACCUUAAGCGGGAUAUGAGCUACUAUCCGGAAUACUGUGCCCAUGUAAAUUUGGUCACAGUGCUUCCUAGGGUCGGGUUUCUGAGACUCAAAUCUGUUUGACUUGCCUAGUUAAAUAAAGGUAAAAAAUGUCUUAGCCACAAGAGGGCAGCAGAUCUCUUCUGUCUCAGACUCUGCCUGUGCGGUUGGUCUGAGAGGGCUGUUAAAGCCAUUUUCUACAGUUUGAAUAAAUGUGAACAUGUAAAGGAUAGUAAACAAAAAAAUGAAAUGCUGCUGUAGCAUGUUAUUUUAUAAAGUUUUCAAUAAAAUCUAAUGAAAAAUGUGAA